CCGAGUUGCUCCCUCCAAUAACGUUAGAGUGUAAUCCUCGUCAGCUAAUGAACGACCAAGUAGGAUUUCAGGUGCAGGGUAAACCUCGAUUUCUAUUUGUUCUGAUUGAUGGAAGAACAAGGAGCAAAGAAGAGAAAUAAAUAAGUACUGAAUGCGACCCAGUUGGAUUUAAUUUGUUGCCUUCAAGUCCUCAUUUGACGCCCUGCUACAGCAAGAAAGUACAACAAAGCUGCAGCCAUGGACAUAGGUGGUUUGGAGACGGUGGUGGCAAACUCUGCCUACGUUUCAGCCCGUGGUAGCAUGGACGGAGCUGCAGCAGCCACCAUGCGUGACAAGAAGAUGCGUGCCAGGCUGAAACUCCCACACCUCAGAGAUUGUGAACACAUGAAAGCAUCUGUAGACACAACCUUUGACAGCAUGUGUGUCAAACAGCCCAUCGGCAAGCGCCUGUUCCAACAGUUUCUGGAGAGUGACGCGACCCAUAAAAAUGCUGGAGAGCUGUGGAAAGACAUCGAAGACUACACCAUAUGCCAAGAGAAGGACAGAGUGCAGAAGGCCCAAAAAAUGGUCAAUAAAUACUAUGAGUCAGCUUCAAAGAAUUUUUGCAGCUUCCUGGAGGAGAAGGCCAUCACUCGAGUUAAGGAAGAUUUCAAGAAUGUCCGUGGUGACCUGUUUAAAGAGAGCGAGCAGCAGCUGUUCAAACACCUGGAGAAGAAGGCCACAGAUGGCUUUAAGAACAGCAUGUACUUCCUGCGUUUUGUUCAGUUCAAAUGGCUGGAGAGCCAGCCUGUUGAUGAGGAGUGGUUCAUGGACUUCAGGGUCCUGGGUAAAGGAGGUUUUGGGGAAGUGUUUGCUUGUCAGGCUAAGGCAACGGGCAAAAUGUACGCAAACAAGAAGCUGGAGAAAAAGAGGCUGAAGAAACGCAAAGGCUAUGAGGGAGCAAUCGUGGAGAAGCGCAUCCUUGCAAAAGUUCACAGUCGCUUCAUUGUGUCGCUGGCUUACGCCUUCCAGACCAAGACUGACCUCUGCCUAGUUAUGACCAUCAUGAAUGGUGGAGACCUCAGGUUUCAUAUGUAUAAUGUGGAUGAAAAAAAUCCUGGUUUUGAUGAGAAGAGAGCACGUUUCUACACAGCUCAGAUCAUCUGUGGGCUGGAGCACCUUCACCAGCACAGGAUCAUCUACAGAGACCUGAAACCAGAGAACGUACUGCUGGAUGAUGCAGGACACGUCCGCCUCUCAGAUUUGGGUCUGGCUGUUGAACUUCCACCAGGACAAGACAAAACUACUGGAUAUGCAGGAACUCCAGGUUUCAUGGCUCCAGAGCUGCUCCAGAAGAAGGAGUACGACUACACAGUGGACUAUUUUACUCUGGGAGUCACCCUGUAUGAGAUGAUUGCCGCCAAAGGGCCCUUUAGAGUACGAGGAGAGAAGGUUGAGAAUGAAGAGGUAGCUCGCAGAAUCUUGAACGAUGCAGUUUCAUAUACACCAAACUUCAGCAAAGAGUGCAAGAGUAUUUGUGAAGGCCUGAUGGACAAAGACCCAGCAAAACGCCUCGGGUUCAAAAAUAAUGACUGCGAGGAGCUCAAGAAUCAGCCCUUCUUCAAAGAGAUUAACUGGGGACGUCUGGAGGCAGGUAUGCUCCCUCCACCAUUUGUCCCUGAUCCUAAGAUGGUCUAUGCCAAAGAUAUUAACGAUGUGGGCGCCUUCAGCACAAUCAAAGGUGUGGUCCUGGAUAACAAGGACACCGAAUUCUACAAUGACUUUGCUUCCGGCAACGUCCCAAUCCCCUGGCAGGAGGAGUUGAUAGAGACAGGUGUGUUUGGAGAGAUGAAUAUCUGGGGAGAGAAUGGCAAGCUGCCCAAUGACCUCAACCCAAACUAUGUGGAAGCCAAAGGUGGAGGAUGUGUGCUCCUUUGAGUAGAAACAGAUAGAAACAGAGCAGAAGGAUCUAUUGAAAACGAACACGUUUAGAUGUGGUAUGUGCUCAUUUGGCGCCACUUACUCCUGAUCUGUUGUAAUUAAUUAAUCUGUUGUAAUUAAUUAAUUAAUUAACAUUAAUAUACAUAUUAUUAUGUACCUAUAUUGUAAUACUUAGUACUAGUAAUAGUGUUACUGUAAAAGUGGCAGCAUGGUAAAACACCACAUAUUUGAAAUAUUAUGUAACAAAAAUGUAAAUAUGGUUGCACUAAUGACUGCUGUAAUCUUACUGCUCAUGUCAAUAUCUCUGUUUAGUAAUUACAGACAAAUUAAAUAAAAAUCUGUUUGUAUAGAAACCACAUGUAAUGUUUAUAUAAUAUAAAUUAUUUGGACCAAAGAAAAGCUGUUGUAUUGACAUUGUACUGUUAUGUAAUUAUUCUUUAUUUAUUUAUUAAUUAUAUUAUUUAACAAAUAGUUUUUAAGUUAUUAUUAUGGCAAACAUUGUAGAUAAAAGAGUUAAAAGCAAUCAAUAAAAUCUUGCAAAGCACAAA